AUGGCAGAUGCUUUCUUUACCUGUCGAAAGAAUGUGCUUCUGGCGAAGAGCACGUCCACCCAGAUAGAAGGUGUCUUUGCUGCGGCCAGAGGAAGGUCGGUUCCAGAAGAGCAAGAAGCCCUUCUUCAGCAGUGGCUGGAGGAAGGAGCAGGGAAUUUGCCAGCCAGCGAGAGUGCUCCAGCAGUGGGGAAAGUAUCAGUUACCCUCACUAGUGACUGGUUAGAAGGUUCAGAUCUAUUGAUGACUAGCCUCAGUGACCUGAAUUCAGCUCCAGAAGUCACCCAGUGUGCUGGUCAGCAGCUCACAGAGCUACAUGCCUUGGCUUCUGCAGAACCGCAAGAUCAUGCAGUGACCGAACUGGCAAAAUUAGCAGCAGAGGAAACGGUGGCUGUAGCAGGCAGUGCCCCUUGGGCAGCUGUGGUGCCACGGGCAGAUCACCAGAUAGCUGGCUGUGCUGCUAUUGGUGUAGAAGUGCAGAAUGAAGACCCAGCUGUGCUGGCCUGGAGUUUAGCGCGUGAUGCAGAGACAGUGCCAACGGAACCCCCAGCCUGGCCCAUUCAGGAUACGAUACAAUUUAGUCCUCUUCCGACAGGGGUACCCUACCAUGAGAUUUUAUGGAGAGACUGGGAAGAUCUUUCUGUCCAGCCCUAUGUGCUGGAGCAGGUCUCAAAAAAGACUCCUCUUUUUGAAUUUCGAGUCAUGUCUUACAACAUCCUUGCCCAGGACCUGGUGGAGCAAGGCUUUAAUCUCUACCUACACUGUCACCCAGACAUCCUGAACUGGAACUACCGCCUUCCAAACCUUUUGCAGGAGAUCCAGCACUGGGAUCCUGAUGUUCUGUGUCUCCAGGAGGUGCAAGAGAACCAUUACUGGGAGCAGCUGGAGCCGACGUUCAAGGAGAUGGGCUUUGCAUGCUUCUAUAAACGGAGAACUGGGACGAAGACAGAUGGCUGUGCAGUAUGCUAUAAACACAGCAGGUUCCAGCUGAUCAGCCUCAGUCCCAUAGAAUAUUUCCGGCCUGGCUUGGAUGUCCUCAAUCGGGAUAAUGUGGGCUUGGUGCUGCUGCUGCAGCCUCUGCUCCCGGAGGGCCUAGAUCGGAAGGCAGUCAGUCCUUUGUGUGUGGCCAACACUCAUGUGUUGUUCAAUCCCCGGCGGGGAGAUAUCAAACUGGCCCAGAUGGCUUUGCUCCUAGCAGAGAUCGACAAGAUUGCAAAAACUACUAAAGGCAGCUACUAUCCUGUCAUCUUGUGUGGAGACCUGAACUCUGUACCUGAUUCUCCACUCUACAAGUUCAUCCGGAACGGUGAACUUUCCUACCAUGGGAUGCCAGCCUGGAAGGUGUCGGGUCAGGAAGACUUUUCCCAACAGUUGUAUUCACGGAAACUGCUGGCUCCGCUGUGGCCGAGCUCACUGGGUGUAACAGACAACUGCCAAUAUGUCACUCUGUGCCAGCCAAAGAAACCUGGCAGACACAGGUACAGCCGGGACUUCCUGCUCCAGUUUCAAUUUUGUGAUGUUGCCUGUGAACGACCACCACAGCUGGUCCUGUUGGAAGGUGUGACAGAUGCUAAACCAGACCGCCCUGCACACUGGCCCAAGCCUGCUGCCAUGGUGAAAGACCCUGAUCCCCAGCCAUUUGUCCCAAGGUCCUCAGGCGUUAUCCAGCAUGGCCUCAACCUGACCUCUGUCUACAGUCACUUCCUGCCACAGAGGGGACGCCCAGAGGUCACAACAAUGCCCAUGGGGCUUGGAGCCACUGUAGACUAUAUCUUCUACUCAGCAGAGCCUGUGGAGAAUGGGAACAGGGGGGGUCGCAGGCUGUACAAGGACGGAGCCCUAAAGCUGCUUGGCCGCCUUUCUCUUCUCUCUGAAGAUGUCCUGUUGCUGGCAAAUGGCUUACCAAAUCCUUUUUGUUCAUCUGAUCAUCUCUGCCUGCUGGCUAGCUUUGGCUUGGAGAUCUCCAGCCUUAGAGAGGCCUGACUGAUGGCAGUUCAAGAGGCAAAGAUGAGUUUCAGCCUUUGCUACGCAGCCACAUACGUACUUAUUACUCUCUGGCAGCUGCCUCUGUGUGUACAGACAUACUCACCUGUUCAGAUGAUUGAAGGAGAAUGAGGGUUCUUCCAUGUCCAUAGUGUUUCAAGUACAGGGCAUCUAUACAUCAUCUGUCUGAUAUCAUCACUCAAGGCUGUGCCUUUCACUUCUCAGCUGACUGACAGUGGGGAUGUUUAAAAUGGAAAGAAAGACAGUACAGACAUCUUGUUUUCUCUGCACAAGCUGAAAGCAGUACAGAGGGAAUUUUAUUGUCUUAAGUGUCAAAGGGAGCCAGAAGAAGUAUCAACAUGAGGGCUAUGGGAGGUGCGGUAAGAACUAAAUCUAAAUACAAGUUCUGUGUUGGCUACGUAAGAACACAGAACCACACUGAUUAAUUACAAAAAGACACACAUAAUAUUGUUCGUAAAGAAAGACACCUUCCAUUUCUUAGUUCAGAGCUGUACCAGUGAUAAAGAUGCAAACAGUUUUGGAGCACCCUAAUAGUGCUAGAGUAGAAUACUGAUGUGCAUGGAAAGGGACCACUCUGGUCCUGCUAGCACCAUCUCAACCCUGACAUGGAGGAAAACUCUGCUUUGCAGAGAUUAUGGGGGAUUUAGUAGCCUUCUUGGCCUAAGUUGAGUUGCUCUUGAGCAGAUGGGGCCAGGGCACCACUGAAGGGGAGUGGUUGUGAUACAUGUAAACACCUGCUCAGAAAACAGACAAAAAUAUUAAAUUCCCUAAGGAGUUCAGCUUGGCUCUAGAGGGACUGUCUCCACCUUGCUCUGGCAGAACAAACACCAAGCCAGAAUAGCACUUGCUUUCUUGGGUUAAGUUAUAAAUCCAUAAUGCAGGUCAAUGUUGACAGGACAACAGUGCAAGACCACUGGAAUAUGUGGUGUUAUUUCAGACAGACGUGCACACACUGUACACAUGGGACAGGGCACCUCCUGCUUAUAUCUAGGGCUUGAUCAUCAGGACUACUUGAAAUACUUCACUCAGAAGGAGCAAGUGACUAAAGCAACCACCUGAAAUGAUUAGCCAGAGCCACUAGAGCAAGGUCAAGCCCAUCAACUCCAAACUCUUGCCCUUUAGCAACAGAGCAUUCUUCUGUACAUUAUGGUUUCUUGAACUCUGCAAUUUUAAGGACAAGUCAUGUCCAUACACCACCACAUGUGAACCUACCUUAAGAGGCAGGCAGCUGAUUAAGGCUUUUACCUGAAAUACUUUUAGAAAAAUUCUUCACAUUAAGCAGAUCUGAUAACAGCAAUACAGCUACUGCAUAAACAGAAAUUUAUGUUUCAGCCACAGUUCUGGAGUAAUUUAUUCUGGUAGAUCCAAGCAUACUGUGUACUGACCCAUACAGACAGUGGCACACAGGUAAAAGUCAACUGAAAAAAACCACUCCACUCCCAGCUAAAACACUUGCUAACAUAAUUUUAAUUCCUAAAGACUCAUUUAGCUUACUGUAUGAGAGUUUAAAAAAAGGCUAGUGUGUCACAGACUGAUGGACACCCAACUCCACUCCUUAGUAUAUGUGGUUUGUAUCAGAAUGACAAGGUAUUAGAAAGUUUUGCUCUCUAAUCCAUAUAAAAAUAAUUGCAGUUGGCCAGGGACUUACCUACAUAAAAGUAUAAAGAGGAACUUUUAUUUUGAGGUUUGCAUUACAUUUGAAAUAGUUUUGCUAGUAGUAGGUCACCAUCUGUUCCAAGUCUUUAAAAACUCACUUAGACUUCACAUAGAACAUUACUAGAGUAUGGAUGCAGUUCUACAGAGUUCACAAGGACUUAUACUGCAGAACAGACAUCAGGUGACACCUACUGAACAGUGAAAUUUACACCCCAGAGCUACAUGAGCGAUCAUAUUAACGUAUAACAUUAAAUAAUUAAUAGGACUCCUCAAGAUCCAUCUUUUUUUGUUCUGCAGGCACUAAGGAGUAUGAGUUACAGUCUAGUUCCUUAUUUUCAUUCCUUCUCUGUAGCUCUGAAGACCACAGAAGUGCAAAAGACUCAUCUCCAGCCUUUUCUUCCUUAUGGUUAAAGGAAGACAGGGCAGGUAGAUAAGGGAGGAAAGAACUGGAAGUGUGAAAGUUUGUCUUUCAUUGUUCCCUCAGGUUUCUUACGGCAUAAAACUGGAUUGCACUGAUCUCGCUGUGACAGGGGGCUGCUAUGCUGUCUUGUUAGCAAGGAAGCUAAACUUUGUGUUGAAGUGACUUAUCUUGUUACAAAGGCGGGGAACAACUGCAAGAAGGGGAGAACUGUUUGGUCACUUUCUUCCGGUUUCUUGCAGCAUCUGCUAAACUAGAGAUACAGAAACACUAAGGGGCAGAAAUUCUACCACCCAGAGAAACAUAACAGAAGGCUUGAAAUAGUAACCCUAGUAGAGGGCUCAUGUCUGCUCCUGUGUCCAUCUUGAGAAGUCAUCAAUAUUAGAUACAUAAGAAGUAAAUGCUUCCUAAUGUACAUAAUUGUGAAACUAAAUCUUGAAAGAGCAUAUUCCUGGCUGGCUACAGUUGAGGAUUAAGAGACCUUGAACUCAGCCUGUCAUUCAUUUCUUAAAACAUCCACUUCCUUUGGUUUUCUAAGCUAUUGGCCUCAGUCACAUCCUGCAGGAAAGUGCUUAAUUACCAGGUCAAACAAAGCAUUUUGUUUUAAGCCAUUCUGUGCUGGUGAUCUAACACUGCUGAACAUCUCUUUUGCCCUGCUCUCAAGAAAGCAUCAUUAGCUUGCAGCUGACCCCUCACUUGCCCCAUCUGUUUUGAAGUCUUCCUCCUCCCAACACACUUCCCGUCCUUUCCAUCAAGUCUGUCCAGUUAUUGAAUGUGCUCUGUAUGAAGCUACUAAUUAUUCUCAAGAGCUUUCCAGUUACUCUGAAUUAACUAAAAAAAAGUCAUGGUGAGAAUGCAUCCUAGUUUUAUCUAAGGGGCUUUUACAAUUUUUUUCUGGAUUUCAUCCACUUUAAUAAAACCUGACAUUCAGUCUCCCUUGCUGACUGCUGCUUGUAUUUAUUAUAUUCACAGUGGCAUCUGAAUUUUCAGUCUGCUGCAUAGCAAACAUUAUGCAAAGGCAGUUUGUGGCUUGCAAGUGACCUAUAAUAUUGACAGGUAACUGUGGUACCUUUACAGCUAACAUCAUCAAUAGCAUCCAGAAGCUAAAUAUGUUAAUUUACAGCCACACAAAAUUGACCAGAGGACAGAUUCAGAUGGGUGCUUGGAUUGCUACUGCUGCCUAUUUCAAAUUGUUACAUGUAGAUGGAGUGCAAAGGAAGGGACAGAUGUUGCACUGUUGAACUGAGUUGAACUGAACUCAGUUGAACUGAGAAAACUGGCAUCCUCUUCUGGAUUAACCUUAUCUUGGAUCAGUAGGAAGUUCAGUGACUUUGCCAUGGACUGUCCUCCUGGUCAUACAGCAUAGCAGAAAAGUACAGACUACAAAGAGAGCUCUGAAGGAUAGACUGCAGCAGUAUGGAUAUAGUGCUUUGCGGGUUACAUCACAGUUAAGGAUGUACAGUUAGGAACUUGUAAGGCCUGAGUUCACUCGCUUGUGGGUGGUGCUUCCAGGAUUAACACUCGACAAAAAACCUGAUUUGUUUGGGGGUAAGAAUCCAUUCUCUGCCAUCAAAAUAACACUGCUUAUGUGAGGGUGUGGCACAUCAGUACUGCAACAUAAAUUCUGGUAGAGCUAAGCCCCAUCAUGUUUCUAACAAAUUCACAAAAAAGAGUAAACCCAGUUCUAACAAAAAUAUGUAGUAUUUCAGAAAGUUUAGCUCUUUUGUCAGUGCUGUGAUAAAAUAAGACUCACUUUCUCUCAAGGAUACUCCCACUCCCAACCCUCAGUUUUUGCAUGGCCUAGAUCCAUGCAUCCAGAUGACUUUAAGGCCAUGCUGUUCUGACUUCUGGGAACUCCACUGUUACCAGGCUCUAGGUCUCAGAGAGGUCUGAGAACACUUCAGAUUUCUGACAAGCGUUACACUGCUUCAUCAGUAGCACAACACUCCCCUGAAAAGAAGUGUAGAAAGAAUCAAGGCUGUUAGUGGGCAGAAAGGCCCAGCCCAGCCCUUUGGGGAAGGCUAGCAUAAGUGGUGCUAUCAAAUGCCGCAGCUAUCCAAAGAGCCAGAAAACAAGCACAGCUCUAGGACUGGGGUGGGGAACUACUUUCAGGAGGCUCCAGACUGAGCUGUCAGGAAAGCAGCUGCAAUCUCCUUGAGCAGGGCUUCCCACCAACAAGUGUCUGUAACUCUAGCACUAACACCACAGUGAGGAAGGAGCAAGACCCUUGUGGAAAGGAAAAUUGCUUGUAAAACAUCAUUAAAUCCUUCUUUAACUAUUUACUCUUAAAACUUGUACCUCACUGACUGAAGUGCCUUCUGAAAGCUUUCACAGUAGCACUCACUAGAAGUUAAUAGAGAGAAGGCUGAUGAAGAGAUGACUCUAAAGUUUAAGCUUCCCACCAGCCCUGCCUGCCCCCACUGCCACUGUUGGGACAAUUGAGGUCUCUGCCUGUUUUCAUGUGGCAAUGGCAUAGGCAUAUCCUGACCCACUCAACCACAAAAGGACUUAGAGCAACAGCUCACCAGUAUUGCAGUGGGUAAAGAGGACCAUCAUCCCACUGUCUACCCCCUAAGAGACAAUGAAAUGCUUUGAAAUAGGCAGGACUAAACACACAAGAUGUGGUUUCUCCAGAUGAGUGGCCUUUGUAUGAUCAAUAAAUCAGGAGGCUGAGCAAAUUCAGCCCUGUCUCUCACAAAACCAAUGCUAAACAGAGUGUUCAUAAUGACAAAAUUGAGUUUUUGCACAAGACGUGGGUGCCAUCCCAUUCCAGCAUCACUUCUUACUCAGCCCUGCAGGCCUUGCAUGGGCUGAAGACUUCUGUGCAGACAGGGAAGAAGUACUGUCAACAAGAUGCUUCAUCUACUUGCUGCUAACAUAAAAAAAACUGAUAGCAGGUCUGCUGACCCCACGCACUUCAUAUUCUUCCUGCAGCAAACUCCCACCAAUGUACAGAUCUUUUUAAUUUUUUUUU